AUGGCAGAUAUAAACCCAGAUUUCUCGUUAUAUCACCUCACUUUGAAGCAACAGAGUGGGUCCGUUGGUUCGAUUAUUGGUAACUUUUCAGGAUUGCAAAAAUCACAGGAAGUUGUUAUUGCAACCCAAACAUCAUUACAAUUAUGGAAAUUUGACAAAGGCACAAAAGCAUUCAAGAAAGCUUUGUUUCAAAAUGCAUUUGCAAAUAUUACAAAUAUAGCUGUUUACCCCACUUCAUCUAAGGACUUGAUUCUUUUGGUUUCCGACGCAGGUGCGCUCACUAUAGUUGAGUAUCUUGCAAAUAAAAAUAAAUUUCAUACCCUGAAAAAUGAAAUAUUCUACAAAACUGGUGUUCGAAGAACCUCUCCAAUUGAAUACAUUGCUUCUGACCUAAGAGGACGUGCAGUAAUGCUUGGAGCGAUUGAACGUACAAAACUUGUCUUUACAAUAUUACAAAAUGGUGAAAGUAAUCUUGUGCACGUCAAUUCACCAAUUGAAAUGAAUAGGAGUGAUGUGUUGACUUUUGACAUGAAAGCGAUGGACACAGGUUUAGAGAAUCCUAUUUUUGCAACAAUAGAGACUGAAUACUCAUCUCCUACACAAAAGUUGCUGAACUAUUAUGAAUUCGACCUAGGAUUAAACCAUGUGAUGUUACUCGAAUCUGAGACAAUUAGACACUCUUCUAAUCAUAUAAUUCCUGUACCCGGUGGAGUUCAUGGCCCAAGUGGGAUAUUUCUAUGUUCUGAAGGAAUGAUUCAAUACAAAUGUCCUUUCAAGCCUACUCAUUAUGUCCCAAUACCUACAAGAGCUGGUAACAGUAACUUGAGAUCUUUUAUAGUGGCCAGUGUUGUCCAUAAAAUGAAAAAUGGGUUUUUCUGUUUAGCUCAAAAUCAGUUUGGUGAUAUCUUCAAAAUAAUCGUCGAUUUUUUAUCUCCGCAAGAACGUAGUUUUGAUAUUAUGGAUGAAAGGGAAAGCGGACCAGGUAUGGUGACAUCUAUCACAGUUAAAUAUUUUGAUACCAUUCCUGUCUGUAAAUCCUUGCUUAUUUUGAAGAGUGGAUUUCUUCUGGCUGAUUGUGAGGCAGGGGACCGACAUGUUUACCAAUUUGAAAAGUUAGGUGAUGGUGAUGAUAAUGAAUGGAACUCGCAAGAUUACCCUGACGAGCUAUCAGUAAUGGAAGAAGAAGUGAAGAAUCUCGUUUUUGAAACUAAGAGCUUGGAAAACAUAGUUUUGGUUAAUUCAAAUACAAUGCUUCAUCCAAUGGUGGAAAUGAAGCUGUCCGACGGUGACUUCAUCAACAACUUGCCUGAAUUGUAUUCACUCACUGGCUCAAAAGCAAACUCUGCAGUUAAGAUCUUACACAAUAGUAUCCAAUUAUCUGAGAUUGUUACACAAGAUUUGCCGUCUAAGAUUUUAGGUGCAUUUACAACUAGGAUUCACAACUCUGACGAUUACGAUAAAUUUAUCAUUCUCUCUUUUUUUGAUGGAUCGAUUAUUCUACGAAUCGGUGAUGAAGUUGAGGAAGCUGAAAAUUCCGGAUUCAUAGAUACAAUAACGACAUUGAACAUUCAACAAAUUGGGGAUUCAUCAAUUGUACAAAUCCAUGCUACCGGUUUCAAGCAGGUCUUCUAUGAUACACACGACGAACCAGUUAAAUCGCUUGAUUGGAAUCCUCCUCCUAAUGUGGAAGUGCUGUCUUCAUCCUGUACAAACACACAGGUUGUUUUGGGCUUGAGUAACGGUGAUGUAGUAUAUUUUCAAACACUGGAAGAUAAUACACUUUGUGAAAACAAAGUCCAUAAGGAGUUCAACUCUUCCAUUAUUGGCGUUGUAAUUGGUGAUAUCCCGCAAGGCAAAAAGUUUGCACCGUUUAUUGUGGUCACCUGCAAGGAUUGUACAUUACAUGUUUUAUCUACGGAUCCCAGACAUAUGCUUGAGACUACGACCGUAGAAAGGCUGGAAUCAGUUGCGUCAUCAUUACUGAUAACAACAUUUUGCAGUCGUGGAAGCGUUGAUGGAACACUGACUACAUUUGUACAUGUUGGAUUAAGAAACGGUAACUAUAUGAGAUACUCUGUACUUGAAGAUGGUACAUUGGUAAGUAUGAAGAAAAAAUUCAUUUUACAUGCACCGCUCAGAUUAUUCCCUGUAAAAGUAACGAACAAAAAUCGUGAGGUUACAACACUGACAUUAAUAAACUCCAAGAUAUCUUUUAUUGUUGUUCCAGAAGAUCACGGUGACAUAAAACUAAUUUCGUUACCUAUGCCUGAGAAGUUUAUUGAGCCCGAGGAAGAAGAUGAAAAUGAAAAUGAUGAAGUAGCAGAAUAUGCGAAAAUCUAUGGGUGCAUAGCAUCAUUACAUUCUGCGGAUGUUCCACAAGGACUUUUGUUAACACAUGCCGGUCGCUUAACAAUUGCAAGUAUGCCAGAGUUGAAUGUUGUUGAUACCUCCGGCGAAGGCUGUCAAGAUGCGGUGAUAAAUACAUUAAGGUCAAUGGAGAAUAUAGAAUCCAUCAACCUAAGAUACACACCAAGGGCAUGUAUAGAGCAUGAAAAAACAAAAAUGACCUACAUUGCAUGUACUGAUACGCAAAUUGCCUCCUCCAGCAACGAUAGAGGUGAUCCUGGUGCCGAUGAGAUUACUUUGUAUCAUACUGAGGAAAACGAUGAGUUGCUGAAAUUCCAACAAUGUGGGUACCCGACUAGUCCUGAUAGUAGUGCGUCAUGUAUUCACGUAUUUUCUUCAGAAAAAGGUGCAAUUGGUCAAACAAUUGAGCUAACAAACAAUGAGGGGGCAUAUCGUGCAGGUAUUGCAACGAUGGAGAGGAAUGGUGAUAUCGGUGACUAUCUCUUUGUUACUACGAUAGCUAACUUCCGAUCACCUAGUGACUACAAGAAUACAUUUGUUAGAGUUUACCAAAUCUUGGAAGACGGAAGCUUGGAUUUUGUGUAUAAACAAGAAUUUCCAAAGCCAGUGCUUGCCAUCCAUCCAUUCCAAGGAUUGGUGCUGUUUGGAUUUGGUGAUGAAUUAGGGCUUUAUCAACUAGGUAAGUUGCAGUUACUGCGGAAAGGUGGUCUAAAAAUGGAUAGUUAUGAAAUCAAGGAUAUAGUAGAUAUAAAAUCCAGUGGAUUUAGAGUUUUUGUUAGUGAUAUCAGAACCAGUGUCUAUGUCUUUACAUAUGACAGUACACGGAACAAAUUCAGCCUAACAUUUGAUGACAUGAUUUAUCGACAUGUUACCCGUUCAGUUGUUCUUGAUCAUGAUACAAUUAUGUUGGGCGACAAAUUUGGCACAAUUACAACACUAAGGAAUAAUGUCAAUCCAAAACUUGGCCUUCUAUCGAGUUUCUAUAUUGGUGACACGAUUACCUCCCUGAUGAAGAAACAGAUAGGCAUCGGUGGUGAAGAGGUGGUGGUCUACGGUGGAAUCAAUGGUACAAUUGGCUCACUUCAUACGUUAAAAACGGUCAAGGAGAUCAAUUUUUUCAAGGAAUUGGAAAAGCUAAUAAGAAACACCUUAGAUGAAAAUGGAGAUUUUCUAAUAGAAAGAGACGUGCUUAAAUUUAGAAGCUAUUAUGUUCCAAGGCGAGCAUGUAUUGAUGGUGAUUUAGUGGAAUUGUUUUUGGACAUGCCCGAUGAAAUGAGAGAGAAGAUAUCCUCAAUGAUGGAACGACCAACAGCGCUGAUUGACAAAAGAAUCGUCGAAAUGAGAAGCAGGGUAGGCUAUUAA